CCACACCAUUCCGCACAGACUUCCGUCACUCGGAAGGAGGCACCGGAGCAGCUUACUUGUAUGGUAGGUUGAGGCUGUAGCCUGCCCCACCUUUGAAGCUAUCCCAAUGAUUUGCGGCAAAGGCUUCCGUCAUCCGCAACAAACGAUGCAGCUGUGCAAAGUUGUGCAAGGCUAUGCAAGAUUAUGCAGGGUUAUCCAGAAAUUCAAUUCCGUCGGAGUAUGCAUAGCGAAGAACGAUAGGCUUGCGCCUCGGUGGAGUUAAGCGUCUCGAUGCAAUAUAUUUUCUGUGACUCCUUCUCUUGUUGCAUUCCUCUUCAGCAGUUGUGAAGGUCCCCUACUGUUGAAUACAUCCCCAAAAUGACUCAACCAGACUCAUCUGCGUCAUCGACAACGGCAACAGAGCCCCCAGAACGAGAUGUUGAGGCUCAGAAGGGGAGGACUCGGCAAAAAGUAUCGCAUUGGAGAUUGGUAAUCGACCAAACUCAUGUGACUCCAGAAGUCUUGAAUUGGCCAUACAGAGGUUCUGGAACAGAGGAUGAACCCUAUGUGGUGGAAUAUAUCGAGAAUGAUAGGAGAAAUCCUAUGCUCUUUCCCAUGUGGAAGAAAUGGAUGAUCACAAUCCUGGUCGCGUUUGCUACUCUUGCAGUAGCGUUCGUCUCAUCAGCCUACAGCGGUGGUGUCGACCAAAUUCUCUCAACCUUCGGUGUUGGUCAAGAAGUCGUAACGCUCGGGAUUUCGCUAUUCGUUCUUGGAUUCGCAAUAGGUCCUCUUCUGUGGGCUCCCAUGUCCGAAUUGUACGGCCGUCAAGUCCUGUUCAUUGGUACAUAUGCCAUGCUCACAGCAUUCAACGCGGGAGCUGCUGGUGCCCCUAACAUUCAAUCGCUGCUUAUCCUGCGGUUCUUUGCUGGUGCAUUUGGAUCUUCGCCUUUAACAAAUGCAGGAGGCGUCAUUGCGGAUAUGUUUCCUGCUUCGCAACGAGGACUGGCAAUGAGUGUUUUUGCUGCGGCUCCUUUCUUGGGACCUACUCUUGGACCAAUCAUUGGUGGAUUUCUUGGCGAAACCGAAGGGUGGCGCUGGGUCGAAGGUGUAAUGGCUAUCUUUACGGGAGCUUUAUGGAUCAUCGGCUCUCUUACAAUCCCCGAAACGUACACUCCUGUCAUCCUCCGCCGCCGUGCCGCCAAGCUCUCGAAAAUCACUGGCAAAGUAUAUAAGUCUAAGAUGGAAAUCGAGCACGGCAAGAAGACCGUGGCCCAAGAGUAUAAGAUUGCUCUGUCUCGGCCAUGGAUCUUGCUGUUUCGAGAGCCGAUCGUACUAUUGCUGAGUAUCUACAUGGCCAUCAUCUAUGGAACGCUCUACAUGAUGUUUGCCGCGUUCCCCAUCGUGUACCAGCAACAGAGGGGAUGGUCUCCCGGCAUUGGAGGACUCUCGUUCACUGGUGUUAUGGUUGGAGAGAUGUUUGCGGUUGUCUAUUCCAUUUGGGACAACAAACGGUACCAACAUACCGAGGCCAAGCACAAUGGAAAGGCUCCCCCUGAGGCUCGACUACCGCCGGCAAUGCUUGGCUCUAUUUUUCUACCUGUCGGGUUGUUCUGGUUUGCGUGGACGAAUUAUCCGAGCAUCCACUGGGCUGUGAGUAUCGUUGGCGCCGCCCCCUUUGGAUUCGGCAUGGUGCUCGUGUUCUUGAGCAUCAUGAACUACCUCAUCGAUUCAUAUGUAAUAUACGCAGCUUCCGUAUUAGCAGCAAACAGUGUGCUGCGAUCAUUGUUCGGUGCAGCGUUCCCCCUGUUUACAACAUAUAUGUAUCGAAACCUCGGUAUCCAUUGGGCGUCGUCUAUUCCGGCUUUCCUAGCACUGAUGUGUGUUCCAUUCCCAUUUUUGUUCUACAAGCAUGGAGAAGCGAUUCGAUUGAAGUGCAAGUUUGCUGCUGAGGCGGCGGCAGCCUUGGAGAGGAUGAGAACAGUUAAUCAAGUCGAAGAAGAGGAGGGACAGGAUAUCUCUGAAAGUGAUGACAGGGAUACCGAGAAGGAGGAGGAGGACAGUGAGGAGAAGAGUGAAGAAAAGAGUGAGGAGACAAGGAGACAAGAUAAAGAGCUUGACAGUGAGAGCUCGAAAGAACAGGGAUUGGAUGCGGGAUUGAGAAAAAUAUGAGAAAAGAUCUCAUGACAGCGCGGUGAUUUUGCUGCAUGAUUGCGGGACUGGUUUUGCAUGGCGUUAGAAUUUUGCGUGUGGAAAACCAUUGGUUAAUGAAUUUGGG